UACGUACAUAUAUAUUAAGUUAAGGGAGAUACAUUGAGAAUUGGGUCUUUAAAUUCCCUUUUAUGCUUCACAGAAACCGAAGCUUCUCUUUUCCAUAAUUAUUACUCAUUCUUUGCUGAAAGACAUAUAGUGUCUCUCAUUCUCUAGUCCUAACAUAACUAAUAAAGUAAACGAGCAAUGGAGUUCGAUUUGGAGAAUCCAUUGACUGGCUGUACAACAGAACAGCAACCAGAGACAAUCCCAGAUCUCUUCUUCUCUGCAUCUGAUCACAUGCCUUCACUCAUUAUCUCACAAACCAGUGACUUUCAUAUCUGCUUUCGUCAGGAAGCCAUAUCUCUUGCUCUACAGGUACAAAACCCAGAUAUUCUAUUUUUCUUUUCAUUUUGUUCUGUUUCUUCUAAUACAGUUGUAGUUGGUCAGGCACAAUAUUCCUGCGACUUGGACCCGCUCGUAGCCUACCUUGCUGUGAAUUAUAUAGAUCGAUUCAUGUCCAAGAAAGAAAUUCAGCAAGGGAAGCCGUGGGUUUUGAAGCUUCUAGUCGCAUCUUGCCUUUCUCUUGCCGCGAAGAUGAUGAACACCCAUUUCUCUGCGUCUGAUUUUCAGUCCUUUGAACAGAGAGAACAAGGUUUCAUCUUUGACACAAAGACGAUUAAUCAAAUGGAGCUUCUGGUUUUGAAUGCUCUGGACUGGCGGAUGAGGUCGAUUACACCAUUUUCAUUUCUUUCCUUCUUCAUUUCUCUAUUGGAACCCAAAGACCCACCAUUGAAACAAGCUCUCAAAGACAGAGCCUCAGAGUUCAUCUUCAAAGCUCAACAUGAAAUCAAGCUUUUAGAAUUCGAGCCAUCAAUAAUCGCAGCAUCAUCACUUAUUGUGGCAUCUCAUGAGCUACUUCCAAUGCAAUAUUCUUCUUCUUUCAAGACUUCAAUUUUAUCCUGUCAGCAUGUGAAUAAAGAAAAGCUGUUGGCUUGCUCCAAUGCAAUGCAAGAGAUGGUAGAGAGAGCAGGGUAUGAGUCAGUGUCAAGCACAAGAACUGCAUUGAGCGUGCUGGAUCAGCAUUACAACAAAUCAGUGACUGAUACCAGCACCAGCACCAGCACCAUUACCAGUGUUGGUAUGAGUAUGACGCCAGGGAAGAGGGAGAUCAAGCGGCGUAAAUUGAAUAAUCACUUCAAUGAAAACAAGGUCGGAUUUUCGCAGAGAUAAUGCUCAGACAGGGAAACUGGUCCAUCACCAUUAUGAAAACAGCGGAGUGAGUGGGCAAGUAGUAAUGGACGGCUCUGAUUUUAAGACUUCUACAUAAAAAAUACAAAACCCAAAAAUAGAAAUGAGAAAAGGGUGUCUCCCGCUUAGUAGUUGCAAUUCUGUUUUCAUAAAUAAUAAUUUUGAUUAUGAAAAGCCAAGUAUCUAAUGUUUCAACUGA